AGCGGCGGCAAACGUCCCUCAUCUUCCCCUGCUCUGUACACACUCAUCCUCUGUGCCGGACUCUGCUGUCACCAUGCUCGCCUCACGUAAACCUUUCGCUGCUGUCAACGAGAACGGCUCCCCCAUGAAGAACCUGUCGCUGGUCGACAAGGAGAACACGCCGCCAACUCUGAGCAACACCCGCAUCCUGGCCAGUAAGACCGCCCGCAAGAUCUUCCAGGAGGCCGAGACUGACUCGGUUAAAACUAAACAGAACCAGAGCAUUCAGGAUGAGCCCCUCUUAAGGGAUAACCCCAAUCGUUUUGUCAUCUUCCCAAUCCAGUACCAUGAUAUCUGGCAAAUGUACAAGAAGGCAGAAGCUUCCUUCUGGACGGCAGAGGAGGUGGAUCUCUCCAAAGAUCAACAGCACUGGGAAUCCUUGAAGGAUGAGGAGAGGUUCUUUAUUUCUCAUGUGUUGGCCUUCUUUGCUGCCAGUGAUGGCAUUGUGAAUGAGAACCUGGUUGAGAGGUUUAGUAAAGAAGUUCAAGUAACUGAGGCGCGCUGUUUUUAUGGCUUCCAAAUUGCAAUGGAGAACAUUCAUUCAGAGAUGUACAGUCUCCUUAUCGACACUUACAUUAAGGAUUCAAAAGAAAGGGAGUUUCUGUUCAAUGCCAUUGAAACACUGCCCUGUGUAAAAAAGAAGGCAGACUGGGCACUGCGUUGGAUUGGUGACCAGCAAUCAACUUUCGGUGAACGUGUUGUGGCAUUUGCUGCUGUUGAAGGUAUAUUCUUCUCUGGAUCAUUUGCUGCAAUCUUCUGGCUGAAGAAACGUGGACUAAUGCCUGGUCUGACCUUCUCCAAUGAACUUAUCAGUCGUGAUGAGGGUCUUCAUACUGACUUUGCUUGUCUAAUGUUCAAACACCUUAUACACAAGCCGACAGAAGAGCGUGUCCGAGAGCUGAUUGUUGAUGCUGUUGGGAUAGAGCAGGAGUUCUUGACUGACGCAUUACCCGUAAAACUCAUAGGCAUGAAUGGCACUCUGAUGAACCAGUACAUUGAGUUUGUGGCUGAUCGUCUCAUGUUGGAGCUUGGUUUUAGCAAGAUCUUCAAGGCAGAAAAUCCCUUUGACUUCAUGGAGAAUAUCUCCCUAGAAGGAAAGACUAACUUCUUUGAGAAAAAGGUUGCAGAAUACCAGAAGAUGGGGGUGAUGGCAAAGACAGCAGACCAUAAAUUCACUCUUGAUGCUGACUUUUAAACAAACUGAACAUUUCCAGUGCAGUAAGAUGGGGCAUUUUGACUGGUUGUCCUAGUCUGCCUACAGCAGAAUUGGCACCUGUUAGUGACUAUAAGCUCAUGUGUUGUCCUGUGACAGCACAUUUGUAUUUUCACACAUGCUAGUUUACAGAUGUUGGCAUGUGUGAGUGAUAACACUCAUGGGUACAAUGUUGUACAGCUUGGUGUAUGUAUUAUAAAGGGUGCUGUGUACUCUGCAGGGGAAGAGCUGCUUGAUGGCAGUAACUUUUUUUUUUUUUUUUUUUUAGUGUUUUUAUCUUUUUUAGUCUGAACUUGGCACUUUAAAU